AAGUGCGGCCUAAGCCUAACCCGGCAAAGAGAAACAGAAGAGCAAAAUUUGAAGUGCAAAGUGUGUGUGUGUGUAGCGAUGGCUGAUGUUUCAGAUUCUCAAGAACAGCCUGUUCUUGAUUCCGCUGAACUGGAAAUGAAGAAGAAGCGACUGUUGGUGGAGCUGGAAUCUGCGCUGGGCGGUGAGAAAUCGGUGACGGCGCAGGCGUCUUCUUCUUCUUCUUCCUCCUUAGGCUUGGGUAUUGAGGUUAUCGACGAAACGGCGUUGCUUGACUCCGUUGCGAAGAAGAACGGAGGUUCAAGAAGAACCAAGAACAACAACAAUGGUCACAAUCACAAGAAGUCGAAGCCCUCAAAUAAGAUUGGGAACAAAAAGUACUCUCGUAAGGAGUUGGAGUCUCUGAGAUUCGUGAACAUGGCCCGACAACGCAAGUUCUGGAAAGCAAUUCACGCUGCCUUUCAAACCACCGUGGCCAUGGAGUAUGAUGCUUUAGCCUCCUCACCCCUGCCGCAUAACAAACCAAUCCUCAGUGCAGUGUUUUGUGAAAUUAGGGAUAGUGAAAAAGUGACUCCUGUUGACCCUUCUUGUAGUCAUAAUCUUGUGGGUGAGGAUGGGUGCUCAAUUGUAAAAGAGUGCAGUGAAGAAGAUGAUGGUAGUGAUGAUGACUAUGCUAGCAUCCAAAGGCCUGCCUUUAUGGUUGAUGGAGAACCUAAUUUUGAUUCUGGUCCACCAGAAGAUGGAUGGGAAUAUCUUAGGCGUGUCAGGUGGGAGGCACAUCAAAUUCCAAAAGUGAAGGUAGCAAAACUUGAUAGAGGUAAACUUAACAAGGAACAAAGUGCUUACAUGCCCCAGAUUCCUGAUAUUGCCAAGUGUCCAGAGCAUCUGCUGCCACUGAAAGAGUGGGAGGAUGCAUUUCUUGCCGAGUUUUCUGCACUGAGAACGAAUUUCUCAUGCCUUGAUGGUUCAAGUGCCAUACAUUCUGGAAAUCUUCAUGUUCAUUCCUCACAAAUAGUUGGGAACAAUUGUGGAGAAUUUUCUAGUGUUAUGAGCAGAGAUGUGUUACUUAAUAAUCAUUUGAGAAUUGGUAAUGCAAAUGAUCAACCUACGAACUUGACUGCUGAAGAUAAGGAUAGAACACUGUCUUCAGAGAAUCCUGAAGCGAAAACUUCAGCUGAUCAAAGUAGCAGCAGCAGCUCCCACACUCCCCCUUUGCUUUCCGUAAUCUUAGCAAUGGACUCUGUAGCCCGGGUAUCAAGUUUGUUGAAACGAAUUAGGUUGCUAGAGGCUGCAGACACUAUGACAAGGAAUGAUUGCAUGUGGCUUUUUGCUCUCUGUGCAACAGUUGAUGCUCCACUAGAUGCUGAUACUUGUGCUGCUCUCAGGAGUCUGCUAAGGAAGUGUGCUAGCAUCCGUGCCGGAAAGGCUGAAUUGGAUGAGGAGGUUGUAAUGUUGAAUAUAUUGGCUACAAUUUCUGGAAGGUACUUUGGGCAAUCUGAAAACUGAAUUCCCAGUUUGUAAUUUUGUUGUGUUAUGACACCUUCUGUUUUGGGAACUGGUAUGGAGCCAAUGACGUGUAUGUUAUGACAGAUAAUAUGGAGUGUUUUUUUUCAUAAUAGAUUUCUACUUCUAUAUUC